AUGCUAAAUGAUGCUUUGAGUCUGAAAAAGCAAGAAUGCUGUGAUUAUGCUUUUAAUAGAAUAAAGCAUCCUGACUUGAAUAUGAUAACUGAAGGAUCCUUAAGGAAAUGUCUAAAUGAUUAUAAUAUAAGAGUAGGGUUUGCGAAUGAGUAAGAAGACUAGAACGGAUAAACAGAAUCAGAUAAAGUUGUAGAAGAAAUGCUUAAGAUAGCCAACAAAUUAAAGAGGAAACUAUAGGAUUAAAUCAAUAUUGAUAAAGAUAACUAGUCUAAGAAUAAAUAGAAAGUUAAUGAAAAUAGUAAUGGCUCAGAUAGUUCAUCUUAAGGUUAAGAUCAAGAAUAUGAUGAUAAUGAUGAAGAAGAUGAUCUUGAUGUUGUGGAUUAAUAAGCUUUUGAAGAACUAUUUCGAUCUCUUAAAUUUAGAAUCGAUCAUGAGGGAAGAGUUUAGUGA